GGGUUCGUUGGAAUUCCAUCUCCAGUUUACAAAAAGAAAAAGAAAAAGGAAAGACUUCCAUCUCCAGCAACGGAACGAGAGGUCCAACUGGAAAUAUCUCACUCCCAGCUUCCGAGCCACCAAUCAUCCAUUUCCGUCUCCGCUCUGUCUCUCUCCCCCCAUCGCGCGCGCUCCGAGCUGCAAUAAGUACAGUCGCAUCCCUCGAGCGCCUGGCGUCCCGCGCUACCUCUCGCAGCGGGAAAUCUAGCCUCCGGUCCCGUGCGCUCCUCGGCGCGCGCGCUCCCGCAUCUCAUGGCGGCCGAGCAGUGGUCAGGCGGCGGCGGCGGGCUCUGGGCGCCGCCCUCUGCCGCCAUGGAGAGCCUCUUCCCCGACGAGCCGGCGCCGGCCGCGGCGGUCCUGGGAAUCUUCGGCGCCUGGGGCUUGCAGGCGCAGCUCCAUUCCCUUCCGCCGCUGUGCGCCGCCGCGCUCCUCGGGUACCCCCAGGACAAUUUCGAUAUGUUCCAUGCACAGGACCUAGCACAGCUAGCAGCACAAGUGGCUCAAAAGGCAGAGUUGGAGGAAACACACAGUGGAGAACUAAAUCCAAAGAUUACACCUCAAAUAGCCUAUACUAAGUACAGUAUACUCGAUCAGGCACAUAACUCCUCUUUCUCGUCGGCAACUUCAGCACAGACAUCUCAACAUGUCAGUUCUUCUGUAAUCGCGCCAUCCAUGUGGUGCAUACCGACUUUGCCAUCACAUACAGAAUGUAUCAAGACCGAAUCGAAUAGGGUUUCACAAGUACUCCAAGGUGCAUCCAUCACUCUUGAUAGACCGGCUGAUGAUGGCUACAAUUGGCGCAAGUAUGGGCAGAAGGCUGUGAAAGGUGGGAGGUAUCCAAGGAGCUAUUACAAAUGUACCCUGAACUGUCCGGUCAGGAAAAAUGUGGAGCACUCUGAAGAUGGAAAAAUAAUUAAAAUAAUUUAUAGAGGUCAGCACAGUCAUGAACGUCCCUCAAAGAGGUAUAAAGAUUGUGGUAUUUUAUUAAAGGAGUCAGAUGAUUUCAAUGACACUGAGGAUGCUUCAACUAAAUCACAAUUAGACUGUCUCGGUUAUGACGGAAAACCUGUAACAUCAAUUGGCACCAUGGCGGACUAUUCAUUACCAAUGAGGGAAGGGGGAGAUGAGAAAGUGUCUGGUACAAGUGAUUACCGGGGAGAGGGUGAUGACGAAACACGAACUGCUGAUGAAGCUGUUGGUGACACCGAUGCGAAUGAAAGGAAUGCACCAGGUCAAAAGAUUAUCGUGAGUACAACAAGUGAUGUUGACCUUUUGGACGAUGGCUAUAGGUGGCGCAAGUACGGACAGAAAGUGGUGAGAGGAAAUCCUCACCCAAGGAGCUAUUACAAAUGCACUUACCAAGGCUGUGAUGUAAAGAAGCAUAUUGAGAGAUCUUCCCAGGAACCACAUGCUGUGAUAACUACAUACGAAGGGAAGCAUGUUCAUGACGUUCCUGGGUCUAGGAACAGAAGCCAUGCUGCAGGUCAACCCUAUUGCACAGAACAGACUUAUUCGGAGCAAUCAUCUGCUAGCUUCUGCAGUAGGUCUGAAAAAGGAAAAUACAGUGCAGUCAGCCUAAAACAUGUUGCUUUCUAGCUCAGUUUACCCUGGGCCUGCUUCGUCAACACCUGCAGUGGCACACAAGUGAAGGAAACACAAUUCGACCGGCUCUGCUGUUGUUUCUCUGCCACUGGUUAGAUCUGGUUGGUUACCAUGUUCUGUGUCCUGCAAGACCUCUCGUGUUCUAUUUGCUGCAAGUAUCAUAUCGUUCUAUGCCCUCCGAGACCUUCAGCAUGCCCCUCCACGCACCACCGUCGCUCUUGUUAUGUCCUACAACUGUUGUAUAUUAGCCACUCCGAUUGUGACACUUGAAAUUGUUUGCUGCAAGUGCUAUUUCAGUAGGAUGUGCGGAAGCUGUAACUGCUGAACAGGAUUUUGGUCCUUCCAAUUGAUCAAAUGACUUCCUUUAGGUGCACAUACCAUCCCUGUUAAACUCAUAUGAUGGCUGUUUCUGUCAAAAGAGCAGAGGCAAUGAUUGUUUGUUAAGACAUAACUGUAAGUCUGUAACUGGGCGUCUGGGCAUUCCAGUUAAUUUGUUUGUUAGGAUAUAACUGCGACUGAUGAUAUCUAAUAAAAACAACAGUUGGAGUACUCUUUAGCA